AUGUACACCGCGUCGUUCGCCUUCUUUGAGGCACUAUGGGAUGCUGGCGUCUCGCACUGCUUCGUCAACCUGGGUUCCGACCACCCCAGCAUCAUCGAAGCUAUGGUCAAGGGUCUCAGAGAGAAGAAAGGAAGCUUUCCCCGAAUCAUCACAUGUCCCAAUGAGAUGGUGGCCAUGUCCAUGGCCGACGGCUAUGCUCGCCUGACCGGGAAGCCGCAGUGUGUCAUUGUCCACGUCGAUGUGGGAACGCAGGGUCUUGGUGCCGCAGUGCACAACGCUUCAUGCGGCCGCGCGCCUAUCCUGGUCUUCGCCGGCCUCUCCCCCUUCACACUGGAGGGUGAGCUGCGAGGUAGCCGUACCGAGUACAUCCACUGGAUUCAGGACGUCCCGGACCAAAAGCAAAUUGUCUCCCAGUACUGCCGUUAUUCCGGCGAGCUCAAGACGGCGACCAAUGUCAAACAAAUGGUCAACCGUGCCCUGCAGUUCUCCAAAUCCGAUCCCCAAGGACCCGUGUACCUUUGCGGCGCAAGAGAGGUCAUGGAGGCCGAGAUCGAGCCGUACAGCAUCCGCCAAGCAGAUUGGGAUCCGGUCGAGCUCGGUGGCCUUGCCAAGGGCGCCGUGAACAAGAUGGCCGAGGCACUGGCUGGCGCCAAGGAGCCCCUCGUCAUCACCGGGUUUGGCGGCAGAAACCACAAGUUUCCGGCUGCGCUCGUCGAGCUCGCCAACACGGUCAAGGGCCUGCGCGUCGUCGACACUGGCGGGAGCGAUAUGUGCUUCCCGGCAGACCAUCCCGGCUGGCUGGGUCUUCGGUUUGGCAUCGAAGAAGCUAUCAAGACGGCCGACGUCAUCCUCGUUCUCGACUGCGAUGUGCCGUGGAUCAACACCCUGUGCCACCCCAAGACGGACGCCAAGAUUUUCCACAUCGAUGUCGAUCCAUUGAAGCAGCAGAUGCCCGUGUUUUACAUUGCCGCGGAGUCGAGAUACCGCGCGAGCAGCCUCGAAUCGAUCGAGCAGAUCACUGCCCACCUCAAGGGCCAGUUCGCUGCGCAGCUGGAAUCGGCAGAGGCCAAGCAGCGCGAAGCCAAGGUGAAGGAGUCACACAAGAAGCUCUUGGCCACGAUCGAGGAGAAAGCACAGCCCAAAGCGGAUGGUGAGUUUGGAACGGGCCACCUCACGCGGGCGCUGAAGAAGCUCUGCCCCGAGGACACGAUCUGGGCGAUCGAGGCCGUGACCAACACGGUAUUUGUCCACGACAACCUCCAGCCGACGCUGCCUGGGUCAUGGAUCAACUGCGGCGGCGGCGGGCUCGGCUGGUCGGGCGGCGGCGCUCUUGGCAUCAAGUUGGCUACCGACUUCGAGAACGGCGGCAAGGGCAAGUUUGUGGUUCAAAUUGUCGGCGACGGAACGUUCCUGUUCUCGGUGCCAGGUAGCGUGUACUGGAUCGCGAAGCGUUAUAACAUUCCCGUACUGACCAUUAUCUUGAACAACAAAGGAUGGAAUGCGCCCCGGCGGUCACUGCUGCUGGUACACCCCGACGGUGAAGGCUCCAGGGCGACGAAUGAAGAAAUCAACAUCUCGUUCGAUCCGGCGCCUGAUUACUCGGGUAUCGCCAAGGCGGCAGCGGGGGGGGAUCUGUUCGCUGCUCGCGUGGACAAGUUGGAAGAACUUGAGGGAAUGCUCAAGAAAGCGAUCGAGACGGUUCAGGGCGGACAACCGGCGGUGCUGGAUAUCAAGGUGGCCAUGGGUUCGUAA